GGUAGACUCCUCUUAGUGGCUAUUGGUUUGGAGAGCUGAAGGGGGUCCUGGGCCCCACCCUUCUUGUUAGGAGGAGGGUGACUUUACUGCUCUGGCUGGAGGGGGCUCCGUUCCUCCAGCCUGAUGAAGACAAAGGCUCUCUGAGGUCCAAGGGCAUUGGGCUUGACUCUCCAAUGUAUUCAGGAGAGAAUCAGCUGCAGCCAGUUACAGAUGGCUCUCGGAACGCCUCCAGCACGUCCACCCCCAGUGGUGACUCUUCACCCGCCUCCGCCCUGACUCCACUGCAGGGCUCCCUGACAGCAGCCCCCGAUUGUACAAGCCCCGCUGCCAUGGAGCCCACCCUCUGCAGCCCAGGAGCCCUGGCCUUCCUGCCGGCCAAGAAAGAGGACAGGCCCCAGCCAGAGGGAGCCAGCUGCGACACAGCUGUCGGUAGUUCCCCCGCUGGCCUGGCUGCGCUGAGCGAGUGCGGCCAGGUCCUGCUGGAAACGCCUCCCAAAGGCCUCCAUGAAGUGCUGAGUGUGGACAUGCUGGACACCAGGAUCGUGAUGGGGGAGGAGACCCAGUGCAGCAAUGACGAGCCGGACACGGGGGUGGAGCUGCACAGCUCGCUGCUGGACAAUAAGGCUCCCGCAUCAGAGGCAGCUGGCACCGAAAGCAUCGCAGCCGAUGCCGGAGAGGAGUCGAGUGAUGACGAAAAUCGGAUCCCAGAGAGCAGCUCCGAGGCUGCUGGGAAACUCUCUGCCCAGGCCACACCAGGGGAGUCUCCCUGCCCCAAACCCAGAGACAACAGGCAAGUGUGUCUCUAUCGGCCUCCUCGUCUGCUGCCCUGGGAGCCCGAAGAGCCGAGCAUGGCGCUACAGGAGAAGUUGUUUUCUCAGGGUGAAACCACGGCCGAUGUGCCUUCCCCAUCUCCCGCACCUGCCAAAGACCCCCCCGAUGAGCUGGCCGAGGCAGGGCCCUUGCACCCCUCCGAGGUCAAACCAGUCCUGGAUCCGGACCUGUACUUCACGGCCCCUUCGACGCCAAUCAAAACGGUCUACUCCCACCUCAAGCACCUCCCUUACGCCAAGGACCGCCUGAGCGAGGAGCAGAGCGACAUGGACAACGAAGGGCUGUGCUCCCCGCCCACCUCUCCGUCGGGGUCCUACAUCACCGCCGAGGGGGGCAGCUGGGCUUCCUCCGGCACCUCCAGCACCUCCCCGUCUUGUUCUCCCAACCUGAUCGCUGAGUCAGAGACCAUGGAAGCCUCAACUGCUUAUGGGGAAUCCCUGUUGGAGCUGGAGCUUUCUGAGGAGCCGGCUCGGUUUGCCAGGAGCUCCUGUCUGUCUCCUGAGCAGCUGGAGGAGGAGGAAGGUGACCUCUCUUUGGAGAGACUCUCCUCUGGCAACAUGACUCUGCCUUCAGUGCCAGUGGAGGAGGAAGGGGAUGGUCAGACCACGCCAGAAGAAGAGUGGGACUCUGAAAUUGCUUCCUCUAUUGCAUGGGUCCCGCUCACCACAGAGCCAGAGAAUCCAGGGGAGCUGCUGCCAGCUGAGGAGAAGGACCUGCCCCAUCCAGGAGGAGACUCUGGGGAUGAGCCACUGCAAAGCACCUUGGACAGGCAGCUCCUGAAGGUGGAAGUCUUCACCUCAGAUAAAGCCAGCGCCAACCUGGGGACAGGGGAUGCAGCGAAAGAGCCUCUGGAGUCCAGCCUGUUGUCCUGCUCCCCCAUCCCCUUGCCAGGCCUCCAGUCAGAGUCCAGCAGCGUGUCUGGGGCAAGCUGCUCCUCAGAUGCAGAGACGCCCAGCAGCCUGCAGGCCGAGACCACUGGCUCCUCAGCAGAGCUCCCAUCAGACUUCACAGACAAUGACCAGAUGAUCCCUGCCACUCUACUGCCCUUUCGCGGGAGCCUGAUCUUCGAGGCCGAGUCGCUGGAGAUCACACUGUUCCCCCAGGGGGAGUCUGUGGAGAACGACGUCGUCUACGGGGCGGAGGAAGAUGACAGCACCUCUGCCUCCUUCCUGCACUCUCUGUCGGAGAACUCCAUCAACGAGGGCGUGGACGAGUCCUUUGCCUACCAAGAUGACACUUCCCAGUCCUCCGACUCCGCCUCGUACAACGGCGAGGCGGACGAGCGGCUGUACAGCACCGAGCAAUACGCUGUGGUGACCCCCUCAGCUCAGGAAGAGGAGAAGCCAGCUGCAGAGGACUCUGAGCAGGGGGCCUCCUGCUCGGGCAGUGAGAGCGAGAUGGAGACGUCAUCGGAUGCCUCUGACACCGAUGAGGAAUACGCGGCUUUCUCGGCUCUGGACAUGGAGCUGGGCACAGUCCCCCACACAGGGGUGGAGGUUGGGUUUGAGCCAGAGGGGAACGUGGUUCACCAGGAUAAGCUGGAAGGAUCCACAGAGGAGGAAGAGGGGGAGGCAGAAGAGAGGCAGCCACCAGCCCAAAGUGAGGGGAUGCCGAAAUCAGCAGCACUCGCCGAACCCAAGGCAGCGCCGGUGGAUGAACACAGCGACUCUGAAGACAGCCCAGGAAGCGGCAGCGUCUCGCCCGCAGGCCAGGGCUGGAGCCCCUCUCUGAAACCAGACAGCACACCAUCCCCCGGGGAGUCUGCGCCGAGAGCCGAAUCUGACCAGGCAGAUGAUUCUCCAGGGGAUACUGGCCCCUCCUCAGAGAGCUCCCUAGAGCACCAGUCCUCGCUGUCAGACAUGCAGGAGGCUCUGGAGAAAGGGCUCCCCAACUCAGGAGAGUGUCUGAUCGCCUGCUUUGAUACAGACGAGGAGACAGAGGCCUUCCCCGGGCUGGAGGUAGUCAUGGAGAAUGCAGAGCCACUAAGCCAGUCGGCUACUGCUGAAGUGUGUGUGGCACCAUGGAGAGGCGGGGAUGGGACGGGAUCUGCGAUACCCUUGCCUUGGAAACAGAAGCCAGCUCCCACUGAGCUCACUGAGCCUACUGCCAGGAAAGCCAGUGAUGCCUCUGUGUUUGAGAUGAGCACCAAGCUGAAGGAGUCUGAAGCGCACCUCCUGGAGCUCCUAGACCAGGACAGCGCUUCUCUGGGAGGGAAGAGGGAAGGUCACUUCAUGGCCCAACUGGGAGCCUCCGAUGAUGCCAACUUGGAACAGCCUGAAGUGACCAGAGCUGACAGCGAGCCAGCAGGAGAGUGCUUGAUCGCCUGCUUCUCCUCCUCUGAGGAGGAGGAGCUGGAGGAGGCCUCCUCUCUUGAUCAAGUCAACAACAAUGAGGAACAAGGGGAGCUGUUCUUGGAAGCCAGCCUGGAUUCCGUGCCCCCUCUGGGACAAAAUGACACGCAGCCAAACGUGCUCAUGGACACAGCCAGCCAGAAUGAGCCCGUGUUGGCUGUGGUGGUGGAUCAGCAACAAGAGCCCCCUCUUCCACCUGGGGAUGCCGAGUCUCAGAGCCUGGACCUCCACGCGAUGCAGAAAGGCCUGCAGGAACUCCAGAGGCGGCUGGAUGGGAGCAGCCAGCUCUUCAGGCAGCAGGAGUGCAGGGAGCUGGAUGCGAGCUCGGAGUCUGAGAUAGAGACCUAUGUGAAAAGGUACUUCGGCACAACGGCAUUCUCACUGCUCCCUCAGGCCAUAGCAGCUCCAGAGAGCACCAAAUCAACCUGGGGGCAAGAAGCCCUAGGCAAGAAGCUGGCCUUGGCAAACAGCAGCAUCCCUGAGCCAGUCUGGCCAUGCUCAGGGACUGGAGAGACCAAAGACUCCAACUCAAGAAAACCUCAACUGGACGAGAGCAGCCCUGCCUCUCCUGGCAGCUGGAUGCCAGUGGAAAUGAACAGCAGCACAGACCAGAAUCGAGAGGCGCUCGUGGCAAGCACAGAAGAGAAGUGGCUCACAGCUGAGGCUGCAGAAUCUGACUUGGAAUCCACAUUUAGUGCCUCACCCGUUGCUGCGAUGGGAGAGACCCAGCCAAAGGUGGCUGUUCAGGCUCUGGCUCGCCUGGGAGAACCUGUGGAAGAGGUAACCCCAGCUCCCUGUUCAAGCACUGUCAACCGUGACUUGCAGACCAGAUCUGCUGAGGAAGCCACCUACGCUUCUGUAUCAGGAAGUGAGGCGUGCGGCCAAACAGAUCCUGUCUCUCCUCAGGUUUGCCCCCUAGGAGACCAACUUGAAAUGGAAUCUCCCACUGCAGCUGCUCCAGGCCAAACGCUGCCUGAACCAGGGGCUCAAGCGUUCCAGGCCCCACAUGUCUGUAGCUUGGAUCCAGACUUGCCUGAGCUGAGGGACAGCAACAUGAAUGUACUGGAGACAGCUAGCUCGGAGUCUCCCUGGGAGCCUGAGCGUGGGACUGGAGAGGAUCAAGACUCAUCUGUCUUAACAAGCUGCAGCGAGAACGUGGUGCUCAAAGGGGACAUGGAGAGCACUGAGGCAGAAGAAACAGCCAAGAAAACUGGAGACCAGCCUGGCCGUGAUGAGCUGCCUGGUGGGAAGGGGGCCUCUACCCAAGAGCAGUGGGUGGGUAGCACCCAACUUCCUCGGGAAGUGAAGCCAGCCGCUCUACAGCAGAGUGAGAGUCUGGGCGAUGUGCCGGAAGAGGAAGCACUUGGCUCUGAGGCUAUGUCCGAAGAAUGGGUCUGCCUCACUGACGAGGAGAGGGAGGCCGAGGCUCAGCCCAAAGAGAGUCAGCCAGGAACUCCCCCACCCAAAGGAGAGAUGGAGGUGGAGCUGGCAGAGAGUGCGGAGGCAGCUUCCGAAGGCAGCUCUUCCGCAUUCAGCAAUGACCUGUCCAGUGGAGACUCCCUGGAAGGCAGGCAAACACCAGGCUGUGCAGCGCUCAGUCCUCCCCUUGGUCUUGAUGACAAGAUGACCACUGCGGACACUACACAGGAGGAACCCGACAAGGCCGUUUCCUCCAGAGAAUCUUCCCCAGAGCCACCAGACACCGCACAGUCCUUCAUGCACAUGGAUUCCAGCUUCUUCAUGGCCUCUGAGGAGAGCACGGGAGAGAGCACCAGACUAGUUGAGCCAAAAUCCUCCGGGGAGGGGAGAGAACUGGGCGCUCCUGAACAAGCCGAGAGCCAGUUAACAGAGCAGCAAGAGGGUGACGUUCCAACAGAGCUGACGGAAGCAGUUCUACCACCGGAAUAUCUCCACAUGGGCAUCAGCAGCGACUCUCCAUCCCUGCUUGUGCCCAACGCCUCAGGGGUCUCUUCAGCUGAGCACGGCCUGGCCCCGGAGCCCCCUGAGCACGGCCUGGCCCCGGAGCCCCCUGAGCACGGCCUGGCCCCGGAGCCCCCUGAGCACGGCCUGGCCCCGGAGCCCCCUGAGCACAGCCUGGCUUUGUGUUUGCACUAUUCCUCCCUGCAAGAAGCUCCACGUUCCACUCGCUCAGAGUGCACCAGACUAAGAGCCAACGUGCCAGUGCCUAGCAAUCAGCAGCUGCUCUUCACUGCUUCUGAGAAGGAGAUCUACAUAGGCGAGCCUGCUGUUCAUGACCAGCCCCCCGCAGAGCCUGGGGACAGCUACCCCAGCACAAGCCUGGAAGCAGAAGGUCCUGCUGAAUAUUCAGGGCCAACAAAAACGAGCCCUGACUCGCUGGAAUCCAAAGCCGUCAUUGCAGAAAGCCUGUCGGUCAGCCUUGGAUUGCGUGAGCCAUCUGGUGCCUUGGUGGAGAACCCUGCUGACCUGCCAGCAGCAUCUCGCGAGCGGCAGCAAAUCACCGCCAUGUUACAAGGCUCCUUUGGGAACCUCCAGGCCUCCCAGCUCAAAGUGGGGCCUCUUUGUCCUGCGAGCAGCCAGAUGGUGACAGAAGCACAAAGUGUCCUUGCCAGCCUCAAGGAGAGGGUCUUGGAGAGCUCCUCCGGAGAGGCCACCCCAGACUCCCUGGAGGCCAGUGAAGCACAAGAGAGGGUGGUCGAAGCUCAGCCUGAACCUGAAACGCCCACUCAUGAACCUGCUGCUGGCAGUGCCUCUCGGCAGCCCAGCGAGGACCAGGGUACUCGGCAGCCCUCCGAGGACGAGAGCGCUUCAGAACAAGCACAACUGGAGAGCAUCUGUGAGACGCUGCUUGCAGCGGAGGUGACGCCCAGCCCUGUGCUACUCGCUUCCUCCAUGGGCAGCAGUGAGUCAGUGACCCCUGUGCUAGAGGAACAGGAUCUCUCUGCAGAGGAAGACUCCGGCCUGCACAGUGAAGGGCCCUUGGCGGAAGAGGCCGUCCAGACUUCCUCUGGAACUCAUGCCAAAGACCAGGACCAGAGGUCACUGAGCCUGGAGGAGCCUGCAGAGCUGGGGAUCUCGCCCAGGGCAGAAGAGCCCUGGGAGAGCCCUGGGGAGGCAGGUGUAGAUGGUGCCAUGCCAGAGGCCAGCCAAGCAGGACACCUGCAGAGCCCACAGCAUCCAGCCGACGGAGGUAAUCAGCAAAGCCAAAUCCCAUUGGACGAUACUGAAAGCAGCAGAGAGAAUGAGAUGCUUCCAACUACAGAAGCAACCAGACCAUUGAUGCUCCAUUCCUCUCCUUCUCCUGAGCCCUCGGCAGCUUCCCUGGCGAGUGAUUCCCAGCCUCCCGAGUCUCCUCCACCAGAGCCCUGCCCCAUCCCUGCGGCUGCUCCCCUCCAGCCAGGUCGGCCUGCCUCUCCUGAAGCUGCUGUGGAGGAUGCACCUUCUCCUGAGCCCUCGGCAGUGUCCCUGGCGAGUGAUUCCCAGCCUCCCGAGUCUCCUCCACCAGAGCCCUGCCCCAUCCCUGCGGCUGCUCCCCUCCAGCCAGGUCGGCCUGCCUCUCCUGAAGCUGCUGUGGAGGAUGCACCUUCUCCUGAGCCCUCGGCAGUGUCCCUGGCGAGUGAUUCCCAGCCUCCCGAGUCUCCUCCACCAGAGCCCUGCCCCAUCCCUGCAGCUGCUCCCCUCCAGCCAGGUCGGCCUGCCUCUCCUGAAGCCACUGUGGAGGAUGCACCUUCCCCUCCUCCUUGCUCUGAACUCAUAGAAGUGCCUCCUGCUUUAUCCUUCCUGCCACCUUGCUCAGAGGAUCCUAUCCAAGGCCAAAACUCAGGGCUCCUCGCAUCUGAAGCACUCUCUGUCGCAGAGGACGCUCGCGCUGAAGACCAGCCAUCUCUCCUGCUGGAUUCCAGGAAAUACUUAGAAGCUCUGGAGAGCUCCGCGUCCCCAGUCCUAUGCAGAGACCCCUUCCUCAGCACCCAGGAUUCUCGAGGGAGGCCCCAGCUCCCAGGGAACAAAGACGCCAGAGGGAGGGGUUCUGCCUCCGCAGAAGAGAGGCGAGCCCACCGCGGCUCCAUCCAGUCGGAAUCGAGCUCUUCCAGCGAGAGCGAGCCACCCUACCGGUGCCCGGAGAUCGAGACCCUGCGGGAGGCGGCUGGCAUGACGCUGCUGGAGGACAAGCCACUGGUGGGGCAGAGAAGCUGUGAAGUUAACCAUAAAGGCUCUUGUAACGACUCGGAGAGCAACGAUGAGUCUAUUCCGGAGCUGGAGGAGCCAGACAUCUCAGAAUCCCGGACAGCUCAGACUCAGGCCCAGCUAACGCACUCGCUGAGCACCGGGGAGGAAACCAUCAGCAAAGCCAAGCAGAGCCGGAGCGAGAAGAAAGCCAGAAAGGCCAUGUCCAAGCUGGGGCUGCGUCAGAUUCACGGCGUCACCAGGAUCACCAUCCGGAAGUCCAAGAACAUCCUGUUUGUGAUAACCAAGCCGGACGUCUUCAAGAGCCCGGCUUCUGACAUCUAUAUAGUGUUUGGAGAGGCCAAGAUCGAAGACCUGUCGCAGCAGGUGCACAAGGCGGCUGCGGAGAAGUUCAAGGUGCCAAUGGAGCACUCGCCUUUGAUCACGGAAACAGCCCCAGCGCUCACUAUCAAAGAGGAGAGUGAGGAAGAGGAGGAGGUUGAUGAGACUGGACUGGAGGUGAGAGAUAUCGAGCUGGUGAUGGCCCAGGCCAACGUGUCACGUCCCAAAGCCGUGCGGGCGCUCAGACACAACAACAACGAUAUCGUCAACGCCAUCAUGGAGCUGACCAUGUAGCUGCUGGCCCGGAUGUGCAAACAGACCCACCCCCUCUGUAUAGAUGCACAGUUACUCCUAUACAGUACAGCUGGUAUUAAAUACUCUAGAACUGCAAAUAUUCCUACUAGUCUGCAUCUCUCUUGCUGCUCAAUAAAAUGGCCUCAUGUAUUCACUUGAAAUGCA